AUGGUGUACUAUUUCACGUCUAACGUCGUCGACCCACCGGCGUACAUCUACGUGGGCAAGGACAAGUUUGAGAAUGAGGACCUCAUCAAGUUUGGGUGGGAAGAGGAUUUCCACGCCGAUAAGCUGUCCAGCGCCCACAUCUACCUGCGGUUGCGCGAGGGCGAGACCUGGGACAACAUACCGGAGGAGCUGUUGACCGAUCUGGCACAGCUGACCAAGGCCAACUCGAUCGAGGGCAACAAGAAGGAUAACGUCACCAUCAUCUACACGCCGUGGUCCAACCUUAAGAAAGAUGGCAGCAUGGCGGUGGGCCAAGUGAGCUUCAAAGACCACAAGAAGGUCAAGAAGAUACUUGUUCCUCAGCGAGAAAACCCCAUCGUCAACCGGCUCAACAAGACCAAGAUCGAGAAGUACCCAGACCUGAAGCAGGAGAAGGACGAUCACUUGCGGGAGCUGCGUAAGAGGGAUCAGGCCGCCCUGCAAGCGAGGAAAAAGGAGGAAGCCCGCAUCGCCAAGGAGCGGCAGGAGAAGAAGUGGCAAAAGGAACAUGCCUACGACGACCUCUUCUCCGAGGAGAACAUGGCAACAACCAGCAACCAGAACCGGCCUGAAGACUGGGAAGAUGAUUUCAUGUAG